AUCAUAGCGCCAGUCAGUGACAUGCUGCGUCUUCACCUCUUCUGCUUUCCAAAUCAUCUUCUAGCGCUGAAUAAUUUGAUGCAAAGCUUUUCUUCCUUAUUCCUCUUGGCUGGGCUGUAUAUCCUAAGGCUUGUGCAUCAGCAACACCCAGCAGCACUGUAAAAACGCUAUGCAGCUGCUUGACCUACCGCGCGAGCUGGUGGACCUUGUCGUUGAGCAUCUCCUAUUAACCAUUGGUAUUUACAAAUCGGUUCAAUUCUGACUAGUUAGCAGUAAGUACCUCUCCCGCAUCGGUAUCGCAUCGGCACAGAGCUCACUUCCUAGCAGAAGAGUUUGACAGAGCAAUUCUGUACGCAAUUUGCGACGCCCAAGUCGUCCAUCUAGACGAUGUAGCUACGCCAAUGAUGAUGCAUCACGUCCCAACGGCGCUCAAGGCUCGCGUUCCGCUCAACAAAGCCGGAGCAUGCGACUCUGGCCCUGAUGGCGAUGUGCCAAUUCACCAGUCCAUAGCCAUCAUCCUCCAAGUCAGUCGUGCUCUCAGCAGCUUGCUAGAUACGACUUCGCAAUCAUCAGCUCCGGCUUCUGCGACUGCCGCCGCAAGGGAUUUCGACCUUGCCAAAGCCGUCUCCUACCACUACGCUCCUCACGUACAGCCUACAAUCAACAGCCCCUCCGCUCGCGCUCAAAACAUCCUCAGCGGCGCCAUAGUCUUGGGCAACUUGGCGCUGGUCACGUCUCUUCUGGACCAGGCGCCGUUGCCCAGCGCCAAACUAUUAAAUACCAAAUCCCCCUUCUUUGGACUUCCCCUCCCGCUCGCUGCUGCUUGGGGGGACGUUGACAUUGUUCGGCAUCUCCUCCGGUGCGGCGCCAAUCCCCAUUUGCUAGGGCGGGAUACCAUACCGUAUGCGAGGACUUUCCUUGGAGGAGGCCGGAUAGAUGGGGUCACUACGAAUACGUGGAGCUUCCCUCCCGCCAUCAGAUCGACCGGUGCAGAAUUGGCAGCGCGCUAAGGGUGGCAGUCUUGGGCGGCCACGAUGACAUUGUCAGCCUGCUUCUCGAGCCCGAAUACUGUAUCUCGACUGAAACCGACGAAUAUCUUGCUACCCUGCUCUCUCUAGGGGAGGAUUUACUACGACGGGCUGCGUACUAUCAGCAGACGCCAUUCGCGGGGUGGCUGCUAGAUCGUAGCACAAACCUCACACCAGUACAUUCCAUAAGAUUCUAUCAGAUACCGUAUGCGCUGAGCUCUGCUUGCGGGCAGGGCAACUUGCCUCUUGCGCGUCUCUUGCUCAGCCGCGGCGCCUACGCUGGCUUUCACCACAUCUUUGGCAACUACAAUCCCAGCGAUCCGAUAGAGCUAGCCGCUCGCCAUGGACACCUCGACGCUGUACAGCUCUUGCUUAGGCACGGUGCCCCAGCUGUGUCGGCGCUGCUAGAGGCUGCUGGCAGCGGUCAAACACAUGUGGUUGCUUGGUUAUGCAAAACAGAUGGGAACAUAGUCUGGCUGCCGCACAGUCCGCACGUCGACAGUCCUGCGGGCAGCGCGGCUCUGUUGAGCACCAUACGCGGCCUCAAUCGUCCAAUGAUCCAGAUACUCGUGGAAGCAGGGAUAUCCUUGGACAAGGUGUAUGGUGCAGAUAAAGAAUCCGCGAUGUCCUAUGCCAAGAGACACGGCUGCCCUAUCAGGACCAAGCUAUUGGUCUCGCUUGGGGCCACAGAUGUAAAAUUGCCGGAGGAGGAGAUGGCGCAUAAUGAUACGUUUUCUCACAAUAGCGGCCGAUUGUAUAUAACCGAGCAGACCUGGGAAUGGGCGGGCAAAUAUUAGUCUUUGAGCGCAAGAUGAGCUUCGCUUUUAAAGGUGCCUCUACAAAGUACUAUACUAGCUCCUAUACUGUUAGCUUACUUCACCGUGCGUACAGUGGCUAUAGUAGGCGCCUCUCCCUGGGUCACGGACCCUUUUGCCUCUAAAAUUAGCUAGCUCCCGAGCCUCGUGUUCUCUUUAACCUCACCAGGCUCCAGACUUGUUCUACUAUCCAGGUACCAUUUUCAAAAAACGGUCUAAAUUGCCUCUCCUCACUAUUGCACUUAUCCUACCAGCCUAUUGACACAUCCUAUAUUCAUAUCGAUUUUCCUCCUCCACACCAGGCACCACAUCGGCAUCCAGUGG